AUGCCUCAAAUCAACGUCUCCCUCAAAGAUGGUGCCAGUGCCGACCAGCUCGAUGCUGCGAAGAAGCAAGUCACCGACCAAGGCGGCAAGAUCGUCAACGAGUUCAAGCUUAUCAAGGGUUUCACUGCCAGCUUCCCAGACGACAAAGUCCACACGCUGCAGUCCAACGAGCACCUCAAUGUCGAGAACGAUGGUCAGGUCAAGACGCAGUGA